AUGGGAUCCUUCGUCGAGAUUGUUGCCGUAAUCUGUCUCAUCUGGGCCGUCGCGGUCGUGGUUGUCCAGGGAAUUGGUAUUGCCGCAAUUUUUCGACACUUUUCAAGAGCUGCAUCGCCACCCGUCUCCUCAAAACUCGCCCAAGAUGCUCCUUCGAUUACAAUAAUCCGCCCCGUCAAAGGCCUCGAACCUCGACUCUACGAAUGCAUCGCAUCUACAUUUCAACAAGAUUAUCCCGCUGAUAAAUUGUCCGUCCGCCUAUGUGUUGAGGACGAGACCGACCCCGCCUAUCCAGUACUGCAGAAGCUGGUCCACGACUUUCCAUCCUUCGAUGCCCAGGUUCUUGUGGAAUCUCGUGAUCCAAUCCUGCAUGGCACCAAGGGCCGUGUUGACAACUUGGGGCCAAAUCCCAAGGUGCGCAAUAUCAGUAGGGCAUACCGACAAGCCAAGGAGGGAGACAUUAUAUGGAUAAUCGACUGUAAUGUCUGGGUGGCAAGCGGUGUGCUCGGGCGCAUGGUGGACAAGCUAAUGGGAUACGGACCGGCCGGAACCGCGACCACACCAUACAAAUUUGUUCAUCAGAUGCCACUGGUUGUUGACGUGGUGGAUUACAGCCGUCCGGGGACCGAAGACAACCAAGUUCUCUUGUCAUCGCCCUCGGAAGCUGGGGCUUCCUCCAGCACCGCCAAAGAAUCCCAAGACCUCCUUACCCGCAUUUGUCGCCACGGAGGUGGUCGCCUUGACGAGAUGUUCAUGGCAACUACACAUGUCAAGUUCUAUGGCGCGAUCAACUCUGUUGGUAUUGCACCCUGUAUUGUAGGGAAAAGCAACAUGUUUCGAAAAGCGCAUCUCAAUCGGGUGACGAUGGAAUCGAGCAAUCGCAUGCUACGCGAUGGAGACGAAAGGCCCAAGGGGGUAGACUAUUUUUCCUACAACAUCUGCGAAGAUCAUCUCAUUGGCGAUAUACUGUGGAGGUCAGCCAUUCCAGGCUACUCAAAUCAUGGAAUUGUCUGGGGUGAUUUGGUCAUACAACCCAUGGCAGGCAUGUCGAUUGUCUCGUAUGCCGCCCGGCGUGUUCGAUGGCUACGGGCAAGAAAGUUCACAGUACUGGCAGCCACCCUGGUCGAACCGGGCAUCGAAUGCUUCCUCUGCUGCGCCUACUUUGCCUUUGCCCUCACGACUCUUCCCUGGUUCCACGAGACGCUGCACAUUCCCCAGACCAUGUCAGCCAUGGCCCUGAUCUGGCUCUCAGCAGUGACGGCAUGGAUGGUGGUCGACUGGCAGACAUUCAAGCUCCUACACUCGGGCUGGAGCGUGCAGUGCGGCCGUGAUAGUCCCCAAUUUGUGCGCGGCACAUCACAGGCCGGCGGAAUGCCCAGACGAGGAUUCUUGGAAUGGCUUUUGGCAUGGAUUGGAAGAGAAAGCCUGGCGUUGCCGGUUUGGACGUGGGCUGUUUUGUGCGGAACGACGGUAACAUGGCGAGGCAAGUCUUUCCGAGUCAACAUGGACACGUCGGUGGUUGAGGUGGCAGGGGGCGUGACGAGAAAGAGCUCACGCACGCCAGAGUUGGAGAGGUCGAGACAAUCGAGCAAAGAUCGGUUGGACUAG